AUGCUCACACGCGACCUAACUCUAUCUACGUCCUCGGUUUCUCUCUCGCGGAGAAACAAAAUCGGGCCAGCACUAGAGAGAGAGAAAGUAGAGAGAGAACUUAGAUUUAUUAGACACAGGGAGAGGGAAUAAACAUAUAUAAAGAAGAAAGAGAGAGUAAUCACAUCAGAGAGAGAGAGAAAGGGGAGACCUCAAAGCUACAGGACUUUUGAGAGAGGAAUCAACUGCUAUUUUAUUAUCUUUCUCAACACAAUCUAGCUUUAUCAUUUGCGGACUCAUCUUCUUCGUCAGAUACAAUCAAUCCAAGCCAGGGUUCCAUUUUUAUUUAUCCUGUUAUUGUCAGCGUUUGGAUUGAAUCUGAAUCGGUGAACUGUCGUUGGAUAGGGAUUUCGUGUGUUCUACAUCUCAUCUUGAAAAUAUGAGCUUUCAAGUUCGAAACGAUCGAAAGGAUAAUAGGCCAAGAUUUCCGGUCCAAAGUGGUCGCCAAGAGUGGGUACCUAGAGGAGCCCCCACCACUGCCACUGCCACUGCCACUGCCACCGCCACCGCCACUACCACGGUUGUGACCUCGCAUUCCAGUUUCAAUUCCAAUCCGAAUAGAAAUGUUAGGGACUCGAGUCACGGCACUGCAACAUUGGGUGGCAGUCGGCAUAGGGUGAAUAUGGGGGGUCCGAGAGGUCACACAGUUGGGCCUUCGAAUCAUAGGAGCCAGAAGGAGAAGGAGAAGGAUAAUAAGGAGGAAAAGGGGUUGAGGGAUAGCGAUUUGCCUCAACUCGUGCAAGAAAUUCAGGAGAAGCUUAUGAAGGGAACUGUCGAAUGCAUGAUUUGUUAUGACAUGGUACGGAGAUCCGCACCAGUUUGGUCCUGCUCGAGCUGCUUCUCGAUUUUUCAUUUGAAUUGUAUCAAGAAAUGGGCUCGGGCACCUACUUCUACUGAUUUGCCAACAGAGAAGAAUCAGGGUUUUAAUUGGAGGUGUCCUGGAUGUCAAUCCAUACAGCUUAUGGCAUCAAAGGACAUUCGGUAUGUUUGCUUCUGUGGGAAGAGGCCAGAUCCGCCUUCGGAUUUAUAUUUGACGCCACAUUCUUGUGGAGAAUCUUGUGGGAAGCCACUUGAGAAGGAAGUUCCUGGUGCUGGUGCGAGUAAAGAGGAUCUUUGUCCUCAUGUUUGCGUCUUGCAAUGCCACCCUGGUCCAUGCCCUCCUUGUAAGGCUUUUGCUCCACCUCGGUUAUGCCCAUGUGGGAAGAAAAUAAUCAACACCAGGUGCUUCGAUCGGAAAUCUGUUCUUACCUGUGGGCAGCUUUGCGAUAAACUUCUUGAGUGUUGGCGUCACCGGUGCGAGCGAGUUUGCCAUUUGGGUUCAUGCGAUACUUGUCAGGUUCUGGUCAAUGCCUCUUGCUUCUGCAAAAAGAAGAUUGAGGUUCUUCUUUGUGGAGAUAUGGCAGUGAAGGGAGAUAUUAAAGUAGAAAAUGGUGUAUUCUCAUGCAGUUCACCUUGCGGAAAGAAGCUUAGCUGUGGAAACCAUGUAUGUGAAGAUAUUUGCCAUCCAGGUCCGUGUGGGGAGUGUGACAUGUUGCCAGGCAGGAUCAAGACAUGCCAUUGUGGUAAGACAAGCCUACAGAAGGAACGACUGAGUUGUUUGGAUCCAAUCCCAACGUGUUCGAAUAUUUGUGGCAAAAGACUUCCUUGUGGGAUACAUCAGUGUAUGGAAGUGUGCCAUGCCGGAGAAUGUGUGCCUUGUCCGGUGCUUGUCACCCAAAAAUGCCGUUGUGGAUCAACUUCUCGAACUGUGGAAUGCUACAGAACAAUGAUGGUGGAGGAUUUAUUUACCUGUGAUAAACCUUGUGGGCGGAAAAAGAAUUGCGGGAGGCAUCGGUGCAGUGAGCGGUGCUGUCCUCUUUCUAAUUCUAAGAAUUCCCUAUCGGGUGAUUGGGACCCGCACUUGUGCUCAAUGACCUGUGGGAAGAAGCUAAGGUGCGGGCAGCAUUCUUGCGAAUCAUUCUGUCACAGUGGCCAUUGCCCUCCUUGCCUUGAAACAAUCUUCACUGAUUUGACCUGUGCUUGUGGGAGAACUUCAAUCCCACCCCCAUUGCCUUGCGGUACGCCUCCCCCUUCAUGUCAGUUCCCAUGCUCAGUCCCUCAGCCUUGUGGCCAUUCAUCUUCUCACAGCUGCCACUUUGGAGAUUGCUCUCCUUGUUCAGUUCCUAUUGCAAAAGAGUGUAUUGGUGGACAUGUGGUACUCAGGAACAUACCUUGUGGGUCAAGGGACAUCAGAUGUAACAAGCUAUGUGGCAAGACCAGGCAAUGUGGCAUGCAUGCAUGUGCAAGAACUUGUCAUCCUCUGCCUUGUGAUUCUUCUGAUGGACCUAGUUCUGGAUUGAAGGCUUCUUGUGGGCAGACAUGUGGUGCUCCCAGGAGAGACUGUAGGCACACAUGUACUGCUCCUUGUCACCCUUCUGCUCCAUGUCCCGACGUAAGAUGUGAGUCCCUCGUCACAAUCUCUUGUUCAUGUGGCCGAAUUACAGCAACUGUUCCUUGUGAUGCUGGGGGAAGCAGUAGUGGGUUUAAUGUUGAUACUGUUUCUGAAGCUUCCAUAUUUCAAAAGUUGCCAGUACCACUUCAACCUGUCGAUGCAAAUGGUAAGAAGAUCCCACUUGGACAGAGGAAGCUCAUGUGCGAUGAUGAAUGUACAAAGGUAGAACGCAAGCGUGUUCUUGCAGAUGCCUUUGGUAUCACUCCCCCAAACUUGGAUGCACUUCAUUUUGGUGAGAAUUCUACUGUUUCUGAGUUGCUUGGGGACUUGUUUAGGCGUGAUCCUAAGUGGGUCUUGUCUGUGGAAGAGAGAUGCAAGUUCUUGGUCCUUGGCAGGGGCAGAGGUGGGACCAGUGCUCUUAAGGUUCAUGUUUUUUGUCCGAUGUUGAAGGAGAAGAGAGAUGCAGUGAGGCUCAUAGCAGAGAGGUGGAAGCUUUCGAUCAGUGCUGCUGGCUGGGAGCCAAAGCGUUUUAUUGUGGUUCAUGUUACACCCAAGUCUAAAGUUCCAGCUCGCAUGCUUGGUGCCAAAGUUACCACCCCUGCAAAUAUGUUACAACCUCCAGUAUUUGAUCCUUUAGUAGAUAUGGAUCCAAGGCUUGUUGUUGCCUUGUUUGAUUUGCCAAGAGAUGCAGACAUAAGUGCAUUGGUCCUGAGGUUUGGCGGGGAAUGUGAACUAGUCUGGUUAAAUGACAAGAACGCGUUGGCUGUUUUUAGUGAUCCUGCUCGAGCUGCAACUGCUAUGAGGAGAUUAGAUCAAGGAUCUGUCUAUCAUGGGGCUGUUGUAGUUCUUCCAAAUGGCGGUGCAUCAGUGGCGUCUUCGGCUGGUAAUGCUUGGGGAAGUGCAGGAGUUGCCAAAGAUGGAGGGGCACUUGCAGCUCUCAAGGGGAAUCCAUGGAAGAAGGCUGUUGUACAGGAGUCUGAUUGGAAUAAGAGUUCCUGGGGUGGUGAGGAGUGGUCUGUUGGUUCUGCUGAUCUGGAGGUGUCUGCAUGGAAAAAAAAGGAAACCCCAAUUGCCACUUCAUCAAACCGGUGGAGUGUUCUGGAUUCAGAGUCAACCAUGGGUUCAUCUGCAGUAUCUGUCAGAAUUGAGGAUCAUGGAAAACAGGUGGGAAAUAAUCAGGGUCCAGGUUCGGAACCGAAAGCAAGUGGUUCGAAUUUGGCAGAACAGCAUGAAGGGGAGAUUGAUAUGUCUGAUGUAGUGGAUGACUGGGAGAAGGCGUAUGAUUAGGAGUGGAAUUACAGCAAAAGUUUUUCUUUAGCUAUCAAAGCAUCUAAACAUGAGAUGAGUGUUAUUCCUGGAUUAUCUUUUCUUUUUAUUUCAUUUGGGGAUUGUAUGUUAAUAUUUUUGGGGGUUCCUUCUCAUACAACCCGUAUGGUCUUGUUUUUCGGGGUAUCACUAUUAGAAUAUGGCAAGAGAAUUUAGCUCUGGCCAGUGUAAAAAGUUUAUAAUGUGAACGGAUUUCUCUUGAUAUCUGAGAAA